UCUCCCAUACUCUAUUUGUUGGCCUUUUAUUCACCGUCCAUUCUCUCUCUCUCUCUCUCUCUCUCUCUCUCUCUCUCUCCUCUAAUAUUUUGCACUUUUUCAACAUCCUCCAAAUGCACAAGCACACUCAGAAAAAAUAGAGACUCUCACAUGGAAAAUCAUGCCUCUUCCUCUUCUUUCUCUAGCUUUGGUUCCUAUCUUCGAGCCUUGGCUCAGACCCCUGCUCGCUUUGCCCACCGGGCUGGUUCAGUCUCCAGCUCAUUGGAAGAGAUGAGCCAGGUCAAAGCCCGCUCUGGCUCAGAACUGCAGAAAACUCUUCGGUGGUAUGAUCUCGUCGGAUUCGGCGUCGGUGGGAUGGUCGGCGCCGGUGUCUUUGUCACCACCGGUCGAGCUAGUCGUCUCUACGCUGGCCCUUCUAUUGUAGUCUCGUACGCCAUUGCCGGACUAUGCGCUCUGCUCUCUGCCUUUUGUUACACCGAAUUCGCUGUCGACAUGCCUGUCGCCGGGGGCGCUUUCAGCUAUCUCCGCGUCACCUUUGGUGAGUUCGCUGCCUUUUUAACCGGGGCAAAUCUCAUAAUGGACUACGUGAUGUCAAACGCGGCAGUUGCGAGAGGCUUCACCGCCUAUUUGGGUACAGCAAUUGGCAUGUCCACAUCAAAAUGGAGGCUAGUGGUCCAUGCCCUUCCUAAUGGCUUUAAUGAAAUCGAUAUGGUUGCUGUACUUGUCGUCUUAGGCAUCACUCUCAUCAUUUGUUACAGCACAAGGGAGAGCUCGGUGGUGAAUAUAGUGCUAACAGCGUUGCACAUUCUGUUCAUAGCGUUUGUGAUAUUUGUGGGAUUUUGGAAAGGGGAUUGGAAGAAUUUCACAGAACCCGCUAACCCGGGACACCCGUCUGGGUUCUUCCCUUUUGGAGUUCCGGGUGUGUUCAAUGGAGCAGCUAUGGUCUAUUUGAGUUAUAUUGGAUACGACGCCGUUUCCACCCUCGCUGAAGAAGUUCAUAACCCUGUUAAGGAUAUUCCUAUUGGUGUUUCUGGCUCUGUUAUUCUUGUUACCAUUCUGUAUUGCCUCAUGGCCGCUUCAAUGUCCAAGCUUCUCCCCUAUGAUCGGAUCGAUGCGGAGGCACCUUUUUCAGCUGCCUUUAGAGGGAAAUCGGACGGCUGGGAAUGGGUGUCAAACGUAAUAGGAGUGGGGGCCAGCUUCGGCAUUCUCACAUCGUUAUUGGUAUCGAUGUUGGGCCAAGCGAGAUACAUGUGCGUGAUCGGACGGUCAAGUGUAGUCCCUGCGUGGUUCGCUAGGGUCCAUCCAAGUACAUCAACGCCUGUCAAUGCCUCCGCAUUUCUGGGUAUCUUCACAGCUACAAUUGCCCUCUUUACUGAUCUAAACGUCCUCCUCAACCUCGUAUCAAUAGGCACACUCUUUGUAUUUUACAUGGUAGCCAAUGCAGUAAUUUACAGAAGAUAUGUGGCGGCAGGAACAACAAAUCCAUGGCCUACAUUAUCCUUCCUCUGUUCAUUCUCAUUCACCUCCUUAAUAUUCACUCUCAUUUGGCAUUUCAUGCCUCAGGGCAAGCCAAAAGCCUUUAUGCUCGGAGCCUGUGCUGCGACAGCGAUUGCAAUAAUACAAGUCUUUAAUUGCAUGGUGACACAAGCAAGAACGCCAGAAUUCUGGGGUGUUCCAUUCAUGCCAUGGAUACCAAGUGUAUCUAUCUUCUUGAACAUUUUCUUGCUGGGGUCUCUGGAUGGCCCAUCAUAUGUGAGAUUUGCCUUCUUUUCAGGUCUUGCAGUGCUUGUAUAUGUGUUGUAUAGUCUGCAUGCUAGCUUUGAUGCCGAAGGAGAAAGGUGUGUGUGUCAAAAGAACGGUGAAAUUAUGAACGAAUCAGGAGAAAGUGAGGAGUCUGCUUGUUUCAAAGUAUAAAAAGUUUCUCUCUAUCUUUUUUUCUUUCUUGCCUUUAUCUUUUUGGUAAUGAGUUCAACUUUUUGAGUGGUUGAUGGAUAUCCGCAGAAAAAGGGGGGAAGAAAGAGAAAGGCAUAGAAUAGAAUUAGAUAAUGCAAAAAUUUUUCACAAGUGGCAACUUGUAUAUUUGGUAAAAUGGAUGUGGACUUAGGCUUUGUUAUCCUUUGUAUAGCAAGUCAUGUGAUCCAUCAACUACUACUGAGUUGUAUGUUUUGGUUUCAAUCGUUUAUUAAUGAAAAGCAUGAUGUAGUCUUUUCUUAUUUUUCAAAUACAAAUACAAGCAUUAUUAUCAA